CUCUCUCUGGUAGCGGCGCCGACGUGCGGAGGCUGUUUGUACAAGUUGAGCCGCAUGCAAUGCAUGUUGAGGAGCAACUGGAAAUCGAUUUGGAACUUCAUUGAUGCGUGCAGGUGAAGGUGAAGGUGAAGGUGCAGGUGCAGCGUGCGGUGCGUCCUUGGUCCCUGUCGAGUAACGGCGACGGGCUUGGCGUCGAGCGGAAAGAUCUAGAGAGGGUGGGUUACGUCGACAGACACUGGAUAAGAUCAAUCCACAUCGCCACAUUACUCCGCCCUUUUAGACGCUUGUCUGCUGCUGCUCAUCAGUAGUUCAUCAGUAGUAGUGGUAGGGGAGAUAAUUCGUCGUUCGUUUUGUGCAUCCAUCCAGAAUUCGUUCCAGAUCCAGCCAGCCAGCCAUCUCAAGCUUCUCUCUUCUCUUGUUAUUAAGAGCAAGCAAACAGUAGUCUAGCGAAGCGAGACUGCGAGAGCAGAGCAUUGUUCUUCUUCUCUAGCUAUUAGUGGUGGGGAAUAAUGGCUCCCGCCACCACCGCAGCAAUGGCCCUCGCGCCGCCUCCUUCCCAUCACCAUCACCAUCACCAUGUCAAGCAGCUGCAGCUCCCUCCGUCUGUCUCCGUCUCCGUGCCCCUCCGCUCCGGUUUCCUUGGCCGCGCACUGCCUGCUGCUGCCCACCCACAGCCGCUGCUCGCCGCCGAGAGCCGCCGCAGCAGCGCCGUGUCCGUGCGGAUGUCGUGGGACGGGCCCCUCUCCUCGGUCCGCCUCAUUAUGCAGGGCCGCAACGUCAAGCUGAAUGAGAAGGUGAAGGAGCACAUCGAGGAGAAGGCGGGGAGAGCAGUGGCGAAGCACAGCCAGCUUGUGAAGGAGGUGGACGUGCGCCUCUCCGCCCGCGGUGGCGAGCUCAGCCGAGGUCCCAAGAUUUGCAGGUGCGAGAUCACUCUCUUCACCAAGCGCCACGGCGUCAUCCGCGCCGAGGAGGACGCCGAGUCCACCUACGCCAGCAUCGACCUCGCCUCCUCCAUCAUCAAGAGGAAGCUCAGGAAGAUCAAGGAGAAGGAGACCGACGUCCGCCACCUCAAGGGGACCAAGCCCCCCGUCUCCGACUGGCCGCCAUCAUUGCUCGACAACAACGACGACGACGCCCAGGCCCAGCUCAAGGAUCUGGAGGAGGCCGUCGGCGCCGAGGACGAGGACACGGUGCUCACCAAGGUGGUGCGCACCAAGGUGUUCGAGAUGCCGCCGCUGUCGGUGGAGGAGGCGAUGGAGCAGCUAGUGAAUGUGGACCACAACUUCUACGCCUUCAGAGACGAGAAGACCGGGGAGAUGAACGUCCUGUACAAGAGGAAGGAAGGAGGCUUCGGUCUCAUCGUCCCCAAGGGAGACGGUCAUCUCCACAAGGAGACCAUCCCCAACUCUGACCACCACCACCCCUCCCUUGCUGCCUAGCCUCUACACCUCCUGCAUCACCAUCCUCAUUUGCUAAUUAUUUCUAUGCUUGCCCAAGAGUCUCUAAAUAUUACUAGUAUUAAUUAAUCCAAGUGAUGAGAGAGGUCUUUGAUUUUGUCUCCGUGUACAUCGAUCGAUCGACUCUUGACUACUCUGUUUAACCAACUGUUUUCGAUAUAUUUAUAUUAUUAAUGAUUUUUCCAAGGUUUUUA